CCGAAUGUGGUUGGAACGCACAAAGUGGGUGCUUGCAAACAUCGGAUGGCCGAUUGCAUUCACGUUCUGGUAUCAAAUCAUAGUGGUACUGUACGCAGCUGAUGGAACCAUCAGUCAAUGGGCUCUUUACUACUUUCACUUUCUAUGGAUUAUCAUCGUCUGCUCCUAUUUUUCGGCAUCGUUCACGCCACCGACAAAAUGUCGAGAUGUUGAGAAGGUGGAACAUUGUGAUAAGGAAAUAAAGGAAGACGUUUGCCAGCUCUGCAACUACCGUAAGCCUCCACGUUGGCAUCAUUGUCGGAGGUGCAAUCUAUGUGUUCAUCGCAUGGAUCAUCACUGUCCUAUUCUGCAGUUGUGCAUCCACAGUGGCAAUCACAAAUAUUUUCUACUCUUCCUAGUUUGGCCUCUACAACUUGCAAUUUUCACAAUUUGGCAUGGUUAUUACGACUUUUGGAAAACGAUAAGAAGCGUUUAUACUGCCGAAAUUUUAAGCACUUCCGAACAAUUGAAGGGAACGGGAGUAUCAAAUGCACUGAUGGUUGGAAUUGCAGCUCUGUAUCUUCUUAAAAAUCAACUUCCAAAUCUAAUGCGAAAUCAGACGUUAAUUGAGGAAUCAAGGGAGAAUACGAGUUACAACCUCGGGUCGUGGCAGGAAAAUGUGAAAUCAGUAAUGGGUGCAUGGACUAUUGCAUGGUUACCUUUUUCAGUUACCAAAUCUCGCGAAAAGAAAUUCGAAUAAUUGUUAUGUCAUCAUUUUAUUUUAUUGUAUAGAUUCAAAUCAAAAAUUCUCUGAAAUUUACGUGUUCAAUAAAUCAU